UAUUGUAUACACUGUGUACUAAAUGUGUGUCCUCGCUACAGGAUGGUGAAGAUGCAGGCAGUGCAGUCGGCUUUGGCCAUCCGGCGCCAGAGGUCACGUCGGGAGGAUCAGCGUCGGGCGAAACAGCGCCGGGAGAGCCGAGCCUCGCUCUCCACCCCCCGUCCGUCCGUCGUCAGCCUAGAUGGACGCGUCUACUUCAACGAAGAGAAGGAGAACAAGCGUCUGCUGGGGCAGGUCACUAUGUUCCACGUGGGCUCCGUCUUCAUCGUGAUUGGUCUGAUGCUCACAAUUACCUCCCUGGUGCCUGGUUACGUCAAGAGCACCACUCCAGAGCGCAGGAGUGACCUGCUUGGCACCGGCUGUUUCUUUGUCUUCUUGGGCGGUGUCCUCACCACCAUCAGCCGCUUCGUCUCCAACAACGAAGAGAAGGAGCUCAAUAAGUACAUAAAAGGGCGCCUGUCACGUACUAAGUCUGGUCAUCGACUGGUCCGUGAUGCAGAAAGCGGCUUGCCCACUCCAACACGUGAGCGCCGCCAAAAGCCGCAGCAGAACGGAAUUAUGCCAGCCUCUCCAGCCAAAGCUGCCAGCAGUGGCUCAAAGAGUGCCAAACUGGAAGCUAAGGAAGAGCCAGUGUCCACAUCUCCAAAUGAAGAUGGUGAAGCUGCGUGCAGCUCUCCCGGCACCCAGGACUCCGCCAUGCAAGACACCGGCCCCAUGACUUCCUCGGCUUCAAUGGAGCCCGUCCUCUCCCGGAUCCUCGAGGAAGAUGAGAACGAUGCUGACACUGCUACCACAGAGCCUAUAGACUCCACGCCAGAGUCUUCUCUUACACCUACCUCUCCCCUGGAGACGCAAGGACUCCUGGAGCGUCACCACUCCAGCCCCAGGAAGGGCUCUAAGUCCUCCUCGAAGAGCUCCACCAAAAGUUCGCGGCACUCUGGAGUAUAGAGGCUAGAGUGACACUCUGAGUAGGGAAUCGAAGACUUGGUCAUCUCUCAGCAACAAUUGAUACUCUACAAGGUUUAUAUCGUCGUCAGCAAGGCUUUACUCAUCCAAAACGUUAAAAAUGUAUACAUAUAUACAUACAUGUAAUUUAUAUUUCCGUGAAGUCUGCGUGGAAUAUUUAUGCAACCUUCUGGAAGGUUUUAUGUUAGCAUGUUUUGAAAGAUGUACAUAUUUAUUAUCUUAUGGCCAGGAGAACCUGUACGUGGCCUGGUGAGAUCAACUGUCUUAGAAAGUUCACAUGACUUGCUGGAAGCAAGCUUGCAAACAGUAAGAAGAACUCGGGCUUGCAGGAAGCUUACAUCCAGUGAUCAGAACUCAUGACUUGCUAGAUGCUCACGUCCGGUGAUAAGCACUCAUGACUUCCUGAGGAAUUACAUCCAGUGAUAGGAACUCUAGACUUGCUGGUAAUUUAUAAUUUAUGUUUCAGGCAGUGAGUGGAAUGUUCGUACAACCUACAGUUGGUCUUAUGUGACUCUCAUAUCCAAUUUCAUCUUCGGAAACAGAAUAUGAGAUUUCCUGGAAAAGUUAAAACUACACAUUUUAAUGUGACUACGCUUAAAAGUUGACCUGCAAAAGAUAAUUAAUGUUAAUUCUUGGAGACCUUGUACAUCAUCAAAGGUUUACGCCUUCUCCUGGUAAGCUCCUCCUUGAAGGCCUUUGUCCUUAGGCAGGUGUCUUUAGGCAAAUGUCUCCUUAAAGGAAAGUUUCCUUGAACAAGCAUGUGACUUUCUGAGACAUUUGUAACGGCCUCGUGGAAAGUUUGCAUUUCCUUCAGGAAAGUGGUCGUCAUACUUCGCUACAGUCCUCUAUAAAUAAGCUUGACAGUUAUAUAACUAAAAAAAAGGUUAAGAACACGUUGCUGUCCUGCAGUGACAUUCAUUUUUUACAUUAUUCUGCUUCUUGUUCACUGUAAGUCGCAAAUCAUCUAAAAAUAUCGAAUUUUUGAGGGUGACAGGGUGAGAUAUUGCUGUGUGUGUGUGUGUGUGUGUGUAUGUGUGUGUGUUAUUAGUAUAUGUCUGGGGUAGGUAGUGCUCACAGGGGAGUCAAUAAAGCCUCCCCCACACCACCUCCCUACACUUAUAGGGUAAAUGGUUCUUUCAGGGGCGUCAAGAAUGCACCCCACUAAUCUCCCUACACUCUACCUGCUUGAAUCGAGGUCAGCGUACCUGCCUGUGUGUCCAGCGAUGCGCACUUCUCCAGAUUCUGCUAUAAAAAAAAUGAUGAGUUAUUUUUGUGUCACGCUUCUGUACAACGUUUUAUAUAUUAUAUUUUUGAUAAUAAUUUACCUCAAGAUUAUGUUAGUCUUAAGAAUCAAGAUAUAAGGAUGCUUGUGUCGCGAAGCUGUAGAAUGUCACCUCAGUCAAGUCAUCCAACACCUGUGUCCAGAAAUUAGCUUCCAACUUUUAUGUUUUCUCGCUAGUCAAAUGCUAACCUUUUUUUCAGAUUUGUAAACUGACACCCGACAGGUCGGGGUAGCUUGGUAGAUCAAGGACGCUUUGACAGGUGGGAGCAGAUCGACGGGUAGGAGUCGAUCAACAGGUGGGAUUAGAUCGGCAGGUGGGGGUAGAUCGGCAGGUUGGGAUAGCUUUACUGUGACAGGUUUCAUGACGGUGAUAAAAUAGAACAGCAUAAAGAGAAAACAAAAAUAGUGAGAAACUUGAAAUACAAAAAACCAGCAUUUGCCUGUAAUCUGCUAGUUAAAAAUCCGAGGCAGCCCUUGUUGUUGUUUCUUCCUGGCACUCUGGUGCCGUUAAUCCUUCUAUGAGGCACCACUUGGAGAGGAAAGUGCCAUGUGUGUCAUGUCACUGAUGAUGUGUGCCAAGACUGACGAACUAGCCACGACUCUGCACACUCACCAUAGACCAAUACGUCGUCCUAGAGAAAUUUUAACUGGGAUCAGAUAUUAUGUUAGUUACAGUCGAGGUGUGUUUGUGAGUUUAUUAUAAUCAGAGUAUAGUAAUAAUUUGUCAACAAUCGUGUUCACCAGGUGGCCACCUCAACCCAGGUCACCAGGUGGCCACCUCAACCCAGGUCACCAGGUGGCCACCUCAUCCCAGGUUAUCUUGUGGUCACUUCAACCCAAAGACACCAGGUGGCCGCUUCAACCCGGAUCAACUUGUGGCCCCGUCAACCCAGGUCACCAGGUAGCCACCUCAACCCAGAUCAACUUGUGGCCCCGUCAACCCAGGUCACCAGGUGGCCACCUCGACUUAAAGACACCUGGUGGCCACCUUAUGCAACAGGUUCUACUUCGAAUUAUAUACAUUCAGCUCCCAGCCUUUAAAUUUUCGUCUUUUCCCUCACGGAAUUUCGGAUGUAAAUUGAUCAUACUUCUCAAUCCGCUACCAAGCUGGGAGAAGAGUUCAUUCUAUGAACAUGGAAGCUAGUCACUCGUUUGUAUUUCCGCAGCAUUUGUAGAAAUGCUGGGGGGACUCACGGUCAGUUAAUAAAACGUUUACCCCAUCUAUGUUUCGCUCACCAGGAGCCCCAGAAGACUGGACAUUCUUGAAGGUAGUGACAACAAAAGUAGAGCAGUAAUGGUAGCUGAUCAACCAUCAAGUUAUGGUGGAGUUGCAGCAUCGUGCUGGAACACACUGAGGAAUCCACCUUUUCUAGAAGGCAGUUAACAGUAGUAGACAAGUUUGUCCAGGAAGGUCUGUGUGGGCCUGCCAUCCAUGUACCGUUGCAAGGAAGGUCUCUGUGUGCCUGCCAUCCAUGUACCGUUGCAAGGAAGGUCUGUGUGGGCCUGUCAUCCAUGUACCGUUGCAAGGAAGGUCUGUGUGUGCCUGCCAUCCAUGUACCGUUGCAAG